GCCCAAAACAGCCCCAGCUCCACCGCGUUACCUGUUCUAAAAACUUCCUCGACAAACAUAACAAGGGCAGAGCACAUGCCAACUCUCCCGUCCAUUUUUAACCUAUACUUUUAUUUUUAGGCUACUUUGAUGGUUUCUGUCGGGUCAAAAGCAACGUUAGAUAUCGUUCAUGUCAAGUUUAUUAGUGGAUAGAACGCACCUGUCGUAGGCUGAUUAUUCCAUCGAGACUCCUCUAGCUUACAACUUCUUACUUUUUGUCUUUUUUAUAUAUAGAAUUGUUCACUGAUUUCGGGUUUUUGUCGUGUUCCAGUUCUGUCUGUCGGCCUCCAUGAAUGUGUGAAUGUUUGACAAGUUCACUAACCACUGUUGAUUUGUCAAGGAUGCUUAUGGAGAACAUGAACAGCUCAGCAGACAGCACCUCCCCAGCCUCUAUGGCCCUCUACACCGUCAUGUACCCAGUCUUCAAUCAGUUGGAGAAAGACGACACAUCUUCCGCAGCACAGACCUUGAAAGCAGCCUUUAUCAAGGCAGAAAAACACAGUCCGGGGCUUACACAACAGAUUUUAUUAAAAAUAAUGCAGAAGGAAAAUAUACAAGUCAACUACCAUGAGUGUCUGCUCAGGAUGGCCAGUGAAGAAUUUGAAGCUCUGAUGAUUGACAGGAAAGAGCCGGAGUUCCAGAGCCUGAAUAAGAAAGCCCACGCUCUUAAACGUGUCCUCAGCACCAUCCCCGAUGAAAUUCUCGACAAAGUGCGCUUCCUACAGACCAUCAAGGACAUCGCCGGGGCCAUCAAAGAGCUGCUGGACACAGUGAACGCCAUCUUCAAAAUGCCCCAGUAUCAGAACAAACGAGCCAUGGAGCAGAAGAAAGAGUUUGUCAAGUGCUCCAAGAACUUCAGCGACACGCUCAAGGUCUACUUCAAGGACGGAAAAGUGGUUAAUGUCUUUGCCAGCGCCAACCGCCUCACCCACCAGACCAGCAUGAUCCUGCUCGCCUUCAAGAGCAAUGCCUGAGGACUCACCACACGAUCCUUUUCCUUUUUUUUUUUACCAACCGGCAAAUCACAACAAGCUAUUUCAAAU